AUGGUCCUGGUUUGGUCUGCGCUUUCUUUACUUCUCACUGUCACUUCAGCUGUACCAGAAGGAGAGUUCACGUUAACGGACCUCCUUCAACCGAAUGCUAAUCGGCGACUUUUUGACACACUGUCCGCCAUCGUCGCAAGCGAAUACGAAGGUCGACCCACCUCAUUACUGUACGAGUCCGACAUGGUACUGCAUCCAGAUCGCCUUGAAGAAAUCGUCGCAAAUUCCAUACCCACUAAACGACGGAAACGAAAAGCUUUCGUCGAUUACAUGUAUCCGAGAACCAUUUGGACUUCAGGAGUGCCGUACUCUAUUCAUUCUUCCAUUGGUGGGUGA